AGUGGAAAUAGUGUAUAAAAUUUGAUAUAUGGUUUGUUUUAAUCUAAACUAAGUUGCACACCUGUACAAAACAGUGAGUUUGUUAUUCCGGGGAAUUACGGCAUUUUACGAGUGUACCUCGAACUAUUGAAAAUGACAAGUGAACAGGAGAGCUUUCUUGCAUUUUCUUUGAUUUAUUUUUUCUUUAUCUUACUUACUAUCAUUAUUAUAUUUGUCGUUUAUAGAUUUAAAUUACAUUAUCAUUUUUUUCUGAAACUUGAUAAAACUUCAAAAAAUCAUGGUGGUGAACUUGUGGCUAAUGUUUUACAGGCACAUGGUGUAAAGUAUGUGUUUACCCUCUGUGGUGGUCAUAUAUCACCAAUAUUAGUUGCCUGUGAGAAGCUUGGAAUUAGAAUAAUUGAUACAAGGCACGAAGUGAAUGCAGUAUUUGCAGCUGAUGCAGUUGCACGUUUGUCUGGUGUUGUUGGUGUAGUUGCUGUGACAGCCGGACCUGGUUUGACAAACACUGUAACAGCUGUGAAAAAUGCUCAGAUGGCCGAGUCACCUGUAUUGCUUAUUGGAGGUGCUGCAGCAACUCUGUUGAAGAAUCGGGGAGCACUGCAAGACAUUGAUCAAAUGUCAUUGUUUAAGCCUCUCUGUAAAUACUGUGUUACAAUUAAAAGAGUACGUGAUAUUCCUCAAAUUUUGAGGAAGGCCAUGCAAAUUGCUCAGUCAGGGACACCUGGACCAGUAUUCGUUGAGUUUCCUAUUGACACUCUUUAUUCCUAUCCUUUAGUCAAGAAGGAGGCAGGACUAAAGGAAAAUCCUGUUGGAAUUGGGCAGAAAAUUGUUAAUUGGUAUAUCCAAAAUCAUUUAUUUUGUUUGUUUGCUGGAGCCUGGGAACCACAAAAUAUCCAUCCACUAUCAAUAACUACUCCACAAGCAUCAGAUGGAGAAGUAUCUUCAGCUGUUGAGAUUGUGUCUAAGGCAAAAAAACCAAUUAUAAUUGUGGGCAGUCAAGCAACUUUGCCUCCUGUACCUGCAGAAAAACUCAAGUCUGCUCUUGAGCUUCUCCGUAUUCCAUGUUUUCUUGGUGGCAUGGCUCGUGGUUUACUGGGAAGAAAUAGUCCAUUGCACAUUAGACAAAGACGUCGCGAUGCAUUAAAAGAUGCUGAUGUCAUCAUUUUACUUGGAACUGUCUGUGAUUUUCGUCUUUCGUAUGGGCGAGUCCUCAAUAAGAAGAGUAAAGUUAUUGCCGUAAAUCGUAGUAAAGAACAAUUAUACAAGAACUCUGACAUGUUUUGGAAACCAACUUUAGCCAUCCAAGGUGAUCCUGCGUCCCUCGUAUUAUCAAUGAGUGAACAAUUAAAAGGUUAUAAUUGUCCUGACGAAUGGUUGGACAUGUUAAAAGAAAGAGAUUAUGUCAAAGAAGAAGAAAAUAGUGUGAAAGCCAAAGAAAAAACGGACAAACAUUUAAAUCCUUUAAAAAUUCUCCAUUGCUUGGAGGAGAUCAUGUCAGAUGAUAGCGUCAUUGUUGCUGAUGGAGGAGAUUUUGUUGGCUCAGCUGCUUAUAUAUUGCGUCCACGUGGUCCUUUACGUUGGCUUGAUCCGGGAGCUUUUGGAACCCUAGGUGUUGGUGGGGGGUUUGCCCUUGGAGCCAAGUUGUGUCGUCCAACAUGUGACGUAUGGAUAAUUUAUGGUGAUGGUUCAUGUGGAUAUAGUGUUGCUGAAUUUGAUACAUGUACCAGACACAAUCUUCCUGUGAUUGCCCUUGUUGGUAAUGACGCUUGCUGGAGUCAAAUUGCUAGAGAACCUCCUAUGUUGGGAAGUAGUGUUGGUUGUGAUUUAUUGUUUAUGGACUAUCAUAUUGUUGCCGAAGGUUAUGGGGGAAAGGGUCUUCUAUUAGAUGAAAAGAAUUCGGCCAAUAUUACAUCAGUAUUGGAGCAGGCUCAAAAGAUUUCAGGUGACGGGCAUGCCGUGCUUGUAAACGCACUUAUUGGUAAAACUGAUUUCCGCAAAGGAUCCAUAUCCGUCUGAGGGAAAUCAAGGGAUACGAUACAUUAUACUGGAGGAAUAUUAAUAUUUCGUGAUGAUAUUUUCUGAAAAAAUUCCCAUGUGCAUGUUUAAUAAGAACAAUUCGAUAUAAAUCAAUGAAUAAUAGAAUAAACUAAAAAAUCAUGAUAGUGACAAUUUACAACUGAAAGGUACACCUUAAUUUUGGAGUAUUGAAUAAUGAAUUGUAUUUCACCUAAAUUAGUAUUAGUAGAAAUAAAAUUUAAUUUGUAAAA